CGGCCGCGCGCAGCGAGCAGCUGGGUAAGCUGCUCCAAGUCCCAGCGUUGGAGGAGAGGAUCUGCUCCCCAUUGCAAGAGGCGCGGAGCUCAGGGGCGAAGAAACGCCGAGCGCGCAGUUUUCACUGGGGUCGGUGUUCCUGCUUGGGAACUCUCGUAGAGUCUUGCCGGCAAAUGGGCGCUUAAGGAAGGAGAGCGGGGAAAUGGACUGCUAUUUGCGUCGCCUCAAACAGGAGCUGCUGCCUUCUUGACGGUCAGUGCUGCACCCCGCCUGUGGCCCGGCUCACUGAGGUCAGCACGAGAGUGGGCAGGAGGAUGCUGAGGCUUCCCUCCACCCCCACCCCCAUCCCCCCGUGGGGCAGGGCUGGGAGGGGAAGGGACAGGACAAGAGAUUUGUUUCCACUUAAUGAGACCAGAUAUGAUGGAUGGAAUCCUCCCAUUACCUUGUGUUGGGUUUCACUGAGGAAGAAGUGUUCUGCAAGUACAGGAAGUCUUAACACCCAUUGUUCCUCUGAUGCUUUAUGUGUGUCAUGCAGAGAUACCCAUGACCUCAUUGAAUUUGCACAAUAGCUGUACAAGGCAGGAAUUUCUUCCCAUUUAAAAAAAAUAUUUAUUUUUCGUUAUAACAAUAUCUUUAUUUUUUAUUUCCAUGCAGUGCUGAGGAUCGAACCCUGUGCCAUGCAUGGUAGGCAGGCGCUCUACCUCUGAGCCACAACCCCAGCCCUUCCAUUUUAAAGAUGGAGAAACUGAAAACAGAAUUUUAAUAACCUGCCCAAACGACACAGCUACUAUGUGUCAGAACCAGGAUUUGAACCCCGUUCCUUUGGUCUCCAGAACCCAAGAUCUUAACUAAUAGAGAAUAUUAUUUUCCAUACAGGCACAAUUGCAGCCCUUGUUUACUUAAAUGGGGCCUCUGUUUUUAUGGGCAGCCCUGAAUUCACGCAUACCCACAUACCCACACAUUCGUUCUCACUGGAAAACUGCACAAAAUGUCAGCAUUAUUUCUUAUGGAUUUUUCCACCCUGGAAGAGACUGAAUGGGGUCAUUUCAUUCCUCCCACUGCCUCUGACCUGGACUGUGUUUUGCCUUCUGGAAGGAAGCCUGCCAGCUCAGACUCCUUGCCGCUUGGUGAAAUGAAACCUUGGGCAACGGCUCUCUCUCCCUGAGCGGCAGUUGACUGUCUGAAGGAUGCAAGCAGUUUGGAGGGUGAUCUGGGGAAGCCAGUGGUACUCAACAUACGGUUUAUGUCCAUGAAGGAGGUGGGUGAUGGCUUACAGGAUCAGAUGAACUGCAUGAUGGGUGCUCUGCAAGAACUGAAACUCCUGCAGGUGCAGACAGCAUUGGAACAGUUGGAGAUCUCUGGAGGGGAUCCUGUCCCAGGCUUCCCAGAAAGCCCCCCGCCCCAGUCCAAGCACCUUCACUGGGAGGGUGGCAGGGGUCCUCCCAGACCUGGAUCCUGCUCCCCAUCCAGCCAACCUUCUCCCGGCAGCAGCACCAAAUUUCCAUACCAUAGGAGUAUCUGCGUUAGGGAUCUCGCCCCCUUGCCCAGGACUCAGCUGCCCAAGCACCAAAGCUGUGCCCAGCAGGGGCCAGAGCAAGUGGAACCAGAUGACUGGACCUCCACACUGAUGUCGCGGGGCAGAAAUCGGCAGCCUCUGGUGUUAGGGGACAAUGUGUUUGCAGACCUGGUGGGCAACUGGCUCGACCUGCCGGAACUGGAGAAGGUCGGGGAGAAGGAUGAGCCGGAGAGGGAAGAAGAGCACAAAGGAGACAAAGGCCGGCCUCGGGAGCUGGGCCACAAAUUUGCCCUCACCGCAAACAUCUUUAGGAAGUUUUUGCGCAGUGUGAGGCCCGAUCGUGACCGGCUGCUGAAGGAGAAGCCAGGCUGGGUGACACCCAUGGUCUCCGAGUCGAGAGCAGGACGUUCUCAGAAGGUCAAGAAGCGGAGCCACUCCAAGAGCUCUGGACGUUUCUUCUUCCCGAGUACAGGGGAGUCCAGACAAGGGGAGACUCCCCCGACCAGUAGCCCCAAGGCCACGGAUCCCUCUCCCACGGGCUUUGAUAUUAACACGGCUGUUUGGGUCUGAACAGCAGAGACCAAAAAUUGGCUGAACCUAAAAGGUUGGGCCCCUAGGGAGGAGGGCGGGAGGGUGGUAAGGCCUUCAGAAGCCCAAAUCCAAGUUCCUUUCCCCCAGAAAGGAGGGGAGAAGCCAGAGUUCUCAGGCAGAGCCGACCAGAAUGCGGCUGGGAGAGGCUGUCCCAGGGCUGGCUGGUGGAGGAGGUGAGUUCCUGGAGAGAAUGUGGGUGUGUGUGUGUGUGGGGUCAGUUCAGGGGUUGGAGAUGACAGUUGGGGAGGAGCAGGGGAGGAGACCAGAAUGUCCCUCUGAUAUUCCUCCACUGCCCUCAAAGACCUCAGUGGAACAUUUUGCAUGGAAAAGCUCACUGGGGCCGCAGGUGCCACAGAGACCCCCAAUAAAGACCUGUCUUUGGUGCCCCCAACUUUACAUCUGUCUGCUCCCCCGGCUUGGCAUUGCCGGAGGCAGAGAUUGGGGGUCAGAGAAGAGGAAGGCAAAUCCCCAGGCUAGCAUUCCUGUUCCAUGGACUUCAGCCCAUACCUGCAUCCGGGUAUAUGGGCUGAAGGAGGGCGGUGGAUGAGGUGUGCCUUCCCUUAAGCCCAGGGAAGCAAUGAGGGGACAUGCCACUGUGGACUGGACGCCCUUGGACAUCAAGCUCUCUAGUCCCUGGUGCUCACAGGCAGGCAGGCAUUUUCCAGUGGAGAAGGCAGCCCACACGGGGGCUACCUCCCGUUCCAGAACACGGUUGGGAGGUGAGCAGCCGGGCCACCGUGAGCUGGAUUCACACACUGGCCCCUAACAGCGGUCUGUCGCCCACACCAACAGCCAGCCUCCUGCGUUUGACUCUUGGGGCAGAAGAGGUAAAUUCACCAGAGAAGCGAGGGCGAGCCCUGGAGAAAUUUCCCCUCAUUUAAAAAAUUCUUAGUCCCACCUGAGGCCCCUUAGCUUCGGGCCCACCAGGGCCCUGGGUCUCCCUGCUCACACCCCAGAGUGAAGUUAACUGGAGAGUGAGGGUUCCAGACCGCGGUGCAGGGCUUUCUGAAAGCUGCUGAGGUUAAGUGGCCCUCCCACCCGGGCAGGAACUCCUGCUGGCCGCAGAGGACAACGUGGGUCCCUGUCUGGGCCGUGAGUCCCUCUCUGGGCUGAGCACACCCAGGAGGGAGAGCCCUCGUUCCCCUCUCCCUCUCCCCAAGGACCCACAGCUCAGCCUGAUGGGGUGUGACAGCUGCAAUUAGAGGCAAGACGCAUUCCCGCCCUCAGAGCAUUAAGAGUAAAUUGGAGAAGAAAAAUAACAAGAAAGGCUCUACUGCCAGCAGCCUGGAGCCCCAGGGGGCGGAGAUGGAGGGAGGGGCAGGGGCUCUGCAGUCGUGAUUAAGGUCACCCUCAAGUGCCAUUCAAAUGGUAGAUGGUUAGUUUUGGUGGGGUGAGCCAUACGAGGACAGAGAGGCACUUGUUUUGAGCCGGCCUGUUUACCAGGCAGUGUGCACAUCUCUUUCAAGCUUUGAGUCACCCUAGAAAGAAUGAUCUUCCAGGUACAGCAAUGAGGCUCCUAGUGAGAUCAUGCAAACUGCCCCGAUCAGGCUGCUAGCAAAGGAAAUGAACCAGAAAUUGAACCAGAGGGUUAUUUGGCUCCCAAACCCCUGUUCUUUCCGCUCUACACCUUCGUCUGCAGUUUGCCAACAGAGCUCCCACUUUCUGGGGGGCAGAGCCCACGCAUCCUGUUGUCUCCCCAAUAAAAUCUGACGUUUCUCUGUGAAGGGAGGUUGGCUGUGGCUGCCUUUGGUACUGGUGGUUGAUGUGUGCGUGGGGACAAUGUGCACUGAUUUGCUGAUUCCUGAAAGGAGGGCCACCCAGCAAAUUAUUCAGGAUGACACCAGCUCUGAGUCUGGUCUGAUUCCAUAGGAAACCAAGCCACCUCUUGGCUCUUCACCUGUGACUCUUCUGUUUUCAUGGGCUAGUCAUAGUAGUUGAGAUCAACUGAGCAAAACUUGAUGAAUUCUACCCAGUGCCAGCUAGGAACCCAGAACAGCACGAUGAAAAGGGCCCAGUGCUGACCUCCAGGGGAUCCAGUGGAAAAGGAAGAGGCCAACUCCACCAUCAAUGAGCAGAAUAGAUUCAAAGGACUGAAGACUCAUUUUAACUUGGGCCAGAACAAAGCAACUAGGAAGUGACAUCUGCUCCCAACAUAAUCCACAGGUGCCAGGCACCCUGGCCUUUGUGCUAUUUCCUUUUCACUACGUGCUGGAUAGGAGUGCUGUUACUCUUAUUUUACACGGAUAGGCUCAGAGAAGUUAAACAACUCGUCAAGAUCACACAGCAGAAAAGCAGAGCUGGGAUUCUAACAGUUCCCAUUUACUUCCAAUCUUGUGCCUUUUACCUUACCCCCCAAACUGUUCCAGAGGUAAAUCAAGAACAAAACCUGUCCUCCCCACAUGUAAUGAAUGGCCUGCCAACUGUGCGGUGGAGGAAUUCUGCCUGGGUCUUGAUGUCAUGCCCCACCCACUUUCAUGCUUUGCUAAUCAAAGAUUAUGGUGAUUCAUUAACCCACCUAUAAUUUUUACUUUUCUGUCACCUUCUGGGCUCCUGCUGCGACAAUGAUGAGAGUUGUUUUGCUGAGGCCAAGUGAAGAAAUGAAUGGGACUAAUCCUAGGGCCUAAGCGAUGCUGGGCAUCAUAGGGACCCUGGACGGGGUGGACGGAGCGGAGAUGGUGAAAGCCAGCAGAGAGAAACUGACAGCUUGAUUCUGCCUCUGGGGCUCAUUUUGUGGUUAAUUAGGACAUGCAAAUGAACUGGAAGCUCAUUUAAUACCCUCCCUGGCACACAGCCCCACCCCACACCUGGCCCACUUCCCUGGCAGGUACAGGGGCUCCACUGGCCCAGGCAUCUGCUCAGGGCUCCACCUGCUUCAUGUGACCCCGUGGCCAGAACCUGUCCAUGUUUUCUAACCUUAGUGGAACGAAAAGGUCCUUGCUGGGACUGGUGGGACCUGCUCCUUCUAAUCUUUCUCUCCCUGAGGCACUUCCUCUGAACCUCUCCCCUCAGGGUGAUCUCUGAACCCAAACUAAGGGACACCUGGUUCACUUAUGCCCCGUAGGUAGUGAGCCGUCUAUCCUCACCACACCCAGCUACUCCCCAGAGGCUUGGGGAAGGGGCUCCUUGUCUUUUCCAAGCCACGCCAGCGUUUCCUGCAGGGCCCAAGGAAAAAGCAAGACCGUAGUCUGUCUCCAGCUUCUCCAAAGCCGCUGUCAAUCUGCCUUAGGUGACCUCCCCACCCAGGCAUUUAAGGCACCUGUACCAGCACCAUGGUAUGAGCCCUGGAUUUGGAGUCAGAGAGAUCCGUUUCUGUCACUGUGCACUUGAACACGUUGCUUGACUUCUCUGAGCCUGGUUUUCCUUAUCGGUGGAACAGGGGGAAGGCAGGACUGCGGUGGGGUUUAGAGGACACGAUGCACCUAGGGGUCACACUCACUGCUUGGAACACCGAAACUCCACCAGUACUGCACUGCCCAUUCCCUAGGGCAGCACUGAGCAUGUGACCGACCCAAGGCGACAUCAAAAUAAAGAGUUUUCUCUGA